GGGCGGGACCGGGGCCCUGUCCGGCAGCCGCGCUGACGAGCCGGAGCUCGCUUGGCUGUGGCGCCUGCGUCCAGCCCCGGGCAGUUAGGAGCCGCCUCUCUGCACCCGGCUUCUGCAUGGCCGCUGCUGCCGCCUUCUGCUUGGCCCAGAGCCUGCGGCUGCGCCCGGUCGCGGGGGCGAGUAGGACAGUGCAUGCUGUCCGUUUUCCUGUAAUUCAGCUGCAUACGACUGGAGCUACCAUGCGAGUCAGUCAGGAAGUUUUUGAAAAGGCUAAAGAUCAGCUGAAGCUUUUGAAGGAGGACCCUGGUAAUGAAGUAAAGUUGAAGCUCUACGCAUUGUUUAAACAGUGUUAAACUGGGCUUCUAUGGUAACAACAACACUUCCAGGUUUUGACCUGCAGAUGGAGGCUACCGAGGGUCCCUGCAGUUCUCCGAAGCCUGGUAUGCUUGACUUUGUCAAGAAGGCCAAAUGGGAUGCAUGGAGUUCACUUGGCAGUUUGUCUAAGGACAAUGCCAGACAGAAAUAUGUUGACCUUGUGUCAAGUUUGGUCUCUUCUGAGUCUUCUAGCCAGGUGAAAGAUACUACUCCUGACAGCAAACAUGGAUAUGAAACCCUACAGGUUACCACCACAGACAACAUCACUAAGAUAAUGCUAAACCGCCCUGAGAAGAAAAAUGCUAUCACCACACAGAUGUAUAGAGAAAUUAUUCAAGCACUUGAAGAAGCUGCCAAGGAUGACUCAGUCAUAACUGUAAUAACAGGAAAUGGGGAUUAUUACUGUAGUGGAAAUGACCUGAAUAACUUUACCAAUAUACCAGCCGGUGGAAUAGAGAAGAUGGCAAAAGAUGGUGCCGUAUUACUCGAGAACUUUGUCAAGCAUUUUAUUGAUUUCCCUAAGCCAUUGAUUGCAGUGGUGAAUGGUCCAGCUGUUGGAAUCUCUGUAACUCUUCUUGGACUCUUUGACAUUGUGUAUGCUACUGACAGGGCCACGUUUCACACCCCAUUUAGUGAACUCGGCCAGAGUCCAGAAGGAUGUUCUUCUUACAUGUUUCCAAAGAUAAUGGGCUUAUCCAAGGCAAACGAGAUGCUUCUUUUUAACAAGAAGUUGACUGCAGGGGAAGCAUAUGCCCAGGGACUUGUGACUGAGGUUUUCCCUGACUGGACUUUUGAAAAGGAAGUUUGGAUAAGACUUAAAGCUUAUGCAAAUCUCCCCAAAAACUCCUUGGCUCUGUCAAAGCAGUUAAUACGAGGUGUGGAAAAGGAGAAGCUGCAUGCAGUUAACUGUCAAGAGUGUGAACUCCUCAGGGAAAGGUGGUUAUCUGACGAAUGCAUGAAUGCUAUUAUGAGCUUCUUUGGGAAGAAAUCAAAACUGUAAUUUUUAUUGUUGGUGAAGAUCAAACUCCUGAAGCUCAUCUGUUUAUCCUCAUUGAAAGGAUUUUAAUAAGUGAAUACUCAUUUGGGGGGGUAAAUCCUAGUUGUGCCUUUAUUGAUGUUGAUUAUUACUGUAUUAAUUAUUGUAUAGAAACAAUUUAAUAAAAAUGUUAACUUGUAAGUUU